CCGUCUGGCUCGACACUCGGCGUUGCACCGGCUUCUCUCUUGUCCUCUACUGUACGAGCUAUUUGUUGUUAUCUACAAAUUACAUGUUUUCUGCCUGUUGUUGAGACACGCGGCCCGGCAGCGCAUAUUGUGCGGUCUUUACGCAGGGUUGAUAUGCGAAGAAAAGCGGAGAUGCGCUCUCUGGACUCACUUCAUUAAUGGUCGUGAGCUCCCAUCAAAGGCCUUAUUCUCUGGUAUCUGGAGCUAGUUCCUCAUAUGAAAAUGGUCCGGUGAAACACUACGGAUCACGGAGGGUUUUUCAACGACAAGGUCAAGACUUUCUUUUGAAAAAUGAAGAUUUGGAGCACGGAACAUGUUUUCAGUUACCCAUGGGAGACGGUGAUCAAGGCUGCCAUGAGGAAGUACCCAAACCCCAUGAAUCCCAACGUGGUCGGAGUGGAUGUGCUGGACCGCAGUCUGGAUGAAGAGGGGCGCCUGCACAGCCACAGACUCCUCAGCACAGAGUGGGGCCUCCCGAGCAUUGUGCGAGCGAUACUGGGAACCAGCCAUACGCAGACGUAUGUGAAGGAACAUUCCAUAGUCGACCCAGAGGAGAAAAAAAUGGAGCUGUGCUCAACAAAUAUUACUCUCACCAACCUGAUUUCAGUGGAUGAGAGGCUUCUUUACAGACCACACCCAGACAACCCUGAAGUUACUGUCCUGACCCAAGAGGCCAUCAUCACAGUCAAGGGAGUGAGUCUAAGCAGUUACCUGGAGGGCAUGAUGGCUAGGAGAAUGUCAGCUAACGCCAGGAAGGGCUGGGAUGCUAUUGAGUGGAUUAUUCAGAACUCUGAAAGAGAGAACGUACCUCUCUGUGACCUUUACUAACUCUGGACUGCUGACUACGUUCUCUGUCUACACCUCAUAAACCACUGGGGAUUCUCUCCGGAUCCUCUGCUGAUGGUACUCAUACUGUCUGGGAGGUUUUGGGUUAUCACCCCACACCGCCUCUCUCACCUGUGGAGUACAUGCACUGGAAGCUCAGACAGACAGUGAAAUGGUGCCAAAGCUGAAUGGUUAUCAAAAAAGUGUUUGAUAUGGAUUUAAGGGUUGUAGGUCCACGUCUGGUAGAUGUUGCUUAAUGCGAAGUACUCAAAACCCAUUAACAACAAUUCUAAUUAAGGUAAGUGAGGAGAACAGGCUAGAUUCCUUCCAUGGGUUAAACAAGCUCUAGAGCUGAAUAAACAGAAGGUUUAACAUUCAGCGGGUUGCAUCAACAUCCUGAGCCCACCAGACUUUGCCCCCUGGUCUGAAUAUAACAUUUCUACCCCACAUAUUCUUUGCUCUCAUAUCAUGUCUUAUCAGAAGAGAUGCAGAUGAUGGAUGCAAGAGGUACACGUGCACAAUUUUUAGAAAACAAUGUAUGGUACAGUGACAAUAUGCAACCAACUUUGUAACUUUUAUUUGAACUGAUGUAUGUCUUCUGUAACGUAAAACACUGGUGACUCCUAUAGCAGGAGUUCAAAUCAGAAAGUUGUUCCUGGUGCUGCUUAUUAUGUGUUUCAAGAGGCACAAACUGUAGAUGAAAAGUUUGCAUGAUAGUAGUAAAAAAAUGGGGAGGGAGGAGGUAUUUAAAAAAAAGCUAGCUAGCCAGGUUGCUAGCUAUAGAAUUAACUUAUCUUUGGGUCUUUGAGUUCUUGAAAACUGCUCUAUAGAUAAAAAAAAUAUUAUUAUUAUUAUUAUUAUUAAAAUUGCUCAUUUUAGCUUUAAAGAGAUAAGAAUUCAAAGAAAAUAUAUUGUUUAUCUCAGAACAAAAAGAUGGGAAUGUACCAUUACAUUGCCUUUUUUUUCUGCUGUCACAGCAACAAUACACUGGCAUCUGACAGACAAUAUUGCCUUAAACCAGCAGAGACAUAUCCAGUUUUUUUGAUCAGUGUAGUUAAACGAUGUGCUGACUCUCUUUGUGGGCAGAAUUAUCCAUUUAUAUGGGCUUCAAAUGAUGCCUGUGUAUUAUAGCUUUGACAGCAAAAUACACAUUCAUGCCUUUGCCAGUUACACACAUCAUGCUUCUCAAAUGUUGAACUACUCCGUAAAAGCUACCUAUACACCCUGAGGAGCAGGGCAGUACUGUAUGUACAAUGCUGCAGUGAGAGAUGUGCACAAUAAUUCUUUUUGUGCUAAAUCAUAUUUCUUGGUAAAAUGAAUAAUAUUUACAUAAUAUUUGUAUAAAUAUUAUUUAUUUAAAAACAGUGUAACCAGCAGUGAAUUAUUACAUUGUUUAUAUUGUUAUUAGUGUCAUGGAAAAAUUAGCUGCAUUUGCUUUUUUAAUUUUAACUUCAACUGUUGACCUAUUGCAACAAUUAAAACAAUUGUUUGAGAAAAUUA